AUGUUUGUUUAAAUGUAAACAUUUAAGACGGACUAGACAUCUGAGAAAAUAAAGAAGUGUGCUGAUUAGCAGAGCCGGGAAUAGAAGAUGACCUUGACCAACUCCUUUUAAAAAUCAGCAGAAUGGAGAACUACAGAUCAGUAUUCUGUUCUCUACUCCUCCUCUCAUCCUUCUCCUUCUCCUCCGUAUCCCUUGAUCCUACCCCCUCCUCAUUCCUAGGUAUAUCUCUUCCACAUGGAUCAAUUACAUUCUUCGGAUCAACCUUUGGACCCAGAGUUGAUACAAAGAGGAAUGAUUGGAAACCUGUGAUAAGUCCAAAACCUUCAUUUUAUCCUCAACCCUUUCAGAAACAUCAGUCUCAGAAUCAUUAUCAACAGCCUCAUCCUCAUCCCCAGCAUGGACCUCCACAGCAUCAAUAUUCUCCGUUUCAAUCCCAAAUUAAUUCUCAACAUCGGUUUCAAUCCUUAAAUUCACCUGCUUUCCAACAACAGUCAACCCAACACCAACAACAACAACAACAACAACAACAACAUCAAACGCAGCCUUCUUACUCCCAAUUGUCCUAUUUCCCACAGCAAAGAAAUUCCAACUAUGGGAGAUCAGAGGAAAAAAGUUCUCCAGGACAAAAUACAAAUUUUCCGUCUGAUGCAUACAAUUCAUUUAUAGUCUCCUCCCCCACCCCUCCUCCUUAUGUACAUAGUACAACUCCUUCAGCAGUACACCUGGUUUAUGUACAAGAUUCAUCAGACACAUCUGAUACAAGAUUAUACAGAGAUCUAUCCUCUACCAGGCCUGACAAGAGUUUAAUCCAAACCCUACCUCCGCCAUCUAUCGACAACAUUAUUGAACUAGAAAACCACUCUGAAGUGAACAGUACACCCCAGCCAGAUGCUAGCAGCGAAGCUCCAGUUCUAAAUGAAUACAAACCUUUUACAUCUUUUAACUUCAACUUUUCCUCUCCCUUCACCUUAAGCGCUAAUGAGCAUGAGACACGUGAGAAAGCGGAAACCCGGGAGAUAUUGGAGGAAAAAUCCACAAGCUCUGUCCAUACAACCACGCCGCUGUCAUUUUGGAACUUUUUCAAUCCUCCCAAAGGUGAUGAUGACACACAGGAUGAUUUUGAGAAAUCCGAAACCCCUGAAAAAGAAGAUAAAUCUGAAUCACUAUCUACUAAAGAAGAUGUUUAUAACAAUGAAGAUGUUGACGAUGUUCUUGAGACUGAUGCAGAAAUUGAAAAACCGCCUAAGCAGGAGAGAUUAACAACUUUGGAAGAUGUUCUAUUUGGAGAUACACCAGCUUUGGAGCUUGAGAAACAAAGGCAGGAACUGGAGGAGCUCUGGAAGGAUCUGGAAGAUGAAAACCAAUAUCUAGAUGAGCUGGGCGCAGGAAAUCCAAGAAUACCGCGUAAGACUAGUAAACCCAAGAAGUCGAAGAAGCUGACAGGAUUGAUUGAGAAAGCAUUAAAGCUUGUUCGACGAGUUGAAGAGAUUGGUGAGAGGAAGAGGACAAUUGAAACCUUAAAUAAACCUGAACCAAUCAUUGCUAACAAGGCGUUGGAGGACAUUAAAGACUUGAAGGAAAAUCAACGUUUCACAGAACUUAAAGAUCUGAUUCAGAACCAAAAUUCACUCACUUCUCUCAUCAAGUCAGAAACUUCAAGCCUCAGGGAUAUAUUACUGGAUACAAGACUGAGUAAAGAGAUACACUGUAAUAGUUUAUAUUUAGAGAUAUAUUACUGGAUACAAGACUGA